CCCUUCUUUAAUAAUUAAUUCUAUCACUCAAUAAAAUCUUCUCCUGAGGUUUUCGUUCUCCAUUUAUUCACUCGGUCCAUCCUUCGCCAUGGAUAUUUUCCUCUAAUAUUUGAUUUUUCUGUUUGUUUCUUAUCAAAGAAUUUAAUAACGAGGGCCGACCAAGGUUUCAUUUCGGGUGAAUCAGUGCUUUCUCGCCGCGUUUCUUGACGGGAGGUGAGGUGAGGAUGUCAACCCCAGCAAGGAAGAGACUGAUGAGGGAUUUUAAGAGGUUGCAACAAGAUCCUCCUGCAGGGAUUAGUGGUGCUCCUCAAGACAACAAUAUUGUGCUGUGGAAUGCUGUUAUAUUUGGGCCUGAUGACACCCCAUGGGAUGGAGGUACAUUUAAAUUGACACUUCAGUUUACCGAAGAUUAUCCGAAUAAGCCCCCAACAGUUCGUUUUGUUUCUAGAAUGUUCCAUCCAAAUAUUUAUGCGGAUGGAAGCAUUUGUUUGGACAUCCUACAAAAUCAGUGGAGUCCUAUUUAUGAUGUGGCAGCCAUACUCACAUCAAUCCAGUCAUUGCUCUGUGACCCAAAUCCAAACUCCCCUGCAAAUUCAGAAGCUGCACGGAUGUUUAGUGAGAACAAGCGCGAAUAUAAUAGGAGAGUACGGGAAAUUGUUGAGCAGAGUUGGACUGCUGACUAGUUCUCCUAGUUUGGCAGAAGAACUUGAAAAUUGUCCCCUGCGUUAUUUAAAUAACAUUGAACUUGAAUUUGUGGUUGUCUAUACCCGUUGUUAUAUGGUUGCUACUAGGCUUAUAAGGAUGGAUGUUUGGCCGUUCUAUUGCAAUGUUUCUUGUACUUGCUUA